CGAGGAGCGACAGUGGCUUCGGGCUGCAGAGGAUGAGUUAUACCGAGAGAAGAUGGGUCGAAUUGCGGCUGAGCAGAAUGCACUUGCGGCUGAGCAGAAUGCAGUGAAUGCAGAGCGGGAGCAUAAGCUCCUACAACGGGAGAAUGAAGACCUGGACUUGCGGAUCAGGGAACAAGAAGUGCAACUGGUGCAGGAAGAGCGGAAUCAGAAGCGACGGCUGAAGAUUAUGCGCAGACGAGUGAAUGCCGCACGGCAGCAGAGGCAUAAGGAGUUCUUCAAGGCCCAACUCGCUAAAUUUGAGGACACAAUGCAGCAAGGCUUGUUGAAGCUCACAACGCAACAAAAGCGCGAUGAGUUAUGCCAGGUCAAAGACGCUCUGCUUGCGGAGAUGGCGAGAGAAGCAGCUCUCAGCAUGCAGUCUCUUGAGGCUGACCAAGGCCUCUCUAGCGACAGCGACAGCGACAAGAACGACAAUGUCGAACCACAUGCAACGGAGGACGAUGAAGAUGACGGGAGUGGCGCAAUAGAUGAGUCGUAGAUUUGCAGGAUCAAGGGACCAGACAUCAGGGAUGGGGUAUCUCCCAUCCUGAUUUUCAUUUGCAGGAACCUGGAUCAGAGUUUGGGAUUUUCUCAAAUCUGAACAUCCAGCGUUCAAACUGGCUUUGGGGGUUUCCCCAGGUCAGCAUUUAAUACUCGCACUGAGAUUGGGAAUUUCCUCAAUCCAGGGUUGAGUUCGGGGUUGUGCCGCGUCCACAGGGUUAG